UCGGGUCGUGGGUCAUGGGCACGUCGGCACGUGGAGUGUAGCCAAGUACCAAGUAGAAGAAGUAGACAAAUUAUUUAAUCAUCUAGUCUGACAAAAUGGAAGAACAGGAGUGUGAAAUCGUCUUUGUAUCAAACAAAUCGCAAAAGAAGGAAAAUAUCCUUGAGGCCCUGGCUAAAUACAAAUUGAAUCAACAAGAACGGCAACAGCAUGAUGCCAUAAAAACGAAAGCCGGUUCGUCAAAGGAGAACGAGACAAUAAAUGAUUCCCAGCCAUUGCCAGUGAGGUGUAAAAUAUCAAAUCAAACAUCUAAAGGAAGAAAAGAAAAGGAGAUUAGUUUGAAGGAGCAAUCAUCCCUCAAAUCCUUAGGGAAGUCACAAUUGACAGUGAUAAAUGAAUGGCAUUAUGAUGAAAAUGAAAGAAAUAGACUAAAAAUGAAAUAUGUGCAACAUUUAGCAAAGAGUGAAAACAAACCAUACUUGAAAAAUGAUUUUGAAAUUGGCAUCACUGAAUAUAUUUCUCAAGGACAAGGCUUUUCUACUGAUAUGGAUCAGUCUCAUCUUGAUUUCCAGGUACAUGAAAUCAGUUUUGAUGGAUCAGUUGUUCAUUUAACAAAGAUGCUGAAUCCUCUUUUCAAACCUAAUCCCUGUGAGGGGAAAUGUGUCAUAACAUAUGACCUAUUAAAUACCAUUGAUGACAUUAUGUUAAAGUCAGAUGAGGAGAUAAAAUCAAUUGAAAUUGACAUAACUGAAAUGGAAAAAAUUGACAGAAUCAACCUCAGGAAAAUUCUGAAAGAGAAUGAGUAUUAUUACGUCUAUGAACCUGUAUAUGUUUGGGGAAAACUAAUCUUGAAGAUUUGCAAAAUGCAUGAUGAGAGACAUCGCCAAAUUGGACCAUUUGAUUAUAUUCAAUUUACUAUGCACACAGAAGGAUUAAGCACAAAUACAGCAAUCAAUAAGAUCGCAAAAAGUCUCAGGAAAAACUCUGCCUGCUUUAUGACUGCUGAAAUCAAAUUAGCAAGAUCAAUAAGUCAACUGGUGACAGUGAAAAAUGAGGAUUCUAUUGGUCUUUGUCUCGCUUCAUUAAAUGGUAUUUCAAUUGGAAAUCUCAGUUUCGUCCCCAAACCCCUUCAGCUGGGUGAUCUGAAGGGCAAUCAUUUUAACAUCGCACUACGGAAAGUAAUUGGUGAUAAGGGUCAUAUUGAGGCAAGUCUCAGAUCGCUAAAAGAUAAUGGGUUCGUAAAUUAUUACGAAAACCAGCACUUUGGAUUUAUUAAAGACGUCCCGAAGCAUUUAAUCGGCAAGCCCCUACUACUAAAGCAAUGGCAAGAAGCUAUUGAUUUAAUUUUACAUCCUCUCGAGUUAAAUAGCACAGAUGGGUGGUUAAGCAACAUUGCCUUGGCUUGUAUUAAGUACAUAUUCUCAAGGGUUGUCCAUCUGCCCUUUGAUGAGAAUAGACAAACGAAUUCAAUCAAAGCCCAACUUUUGUCUAAUAUUAAAAUCCAUGGCGAAAAUCUCGUUGAAGCAGUGAAUGCCAUCCCUCUUGAAUUCCGACUUUCUUUUGUUCGCGUCUAUCUUGAUUUCCUCUGGAACACUAUCGCCUCCAAACGCCUUGCAAAAUUUGGUGCAAAGCUGAUUGUGGGUGAUCUAGUUUAUGCUCCAGGUGACAGUGGCAGACGUGAUAAUAAUAGACAGCACAAUCAACGAGAAUUAAUUGUCAUCGACCAAAACAACAUUCACAAGUACACCAUCUACGACGUUGUUCUACCGCUUCCUGGUUGUAAUAUUACUUAUCCGGCCAACGAAGUUGCCGACUGGUAUAAAGACCUGUUAUUGGCAGAUGGACUGUUGGAGAAGGAUUUCAAUUUGAGUUUAAGUACUUAUGGUAUUAAAGGAGCUUAUCGGCCCGUGGUGUUGAGGCCUUCUGAUUUAAAAUGGAAAUUCGUGCAUUACGAUAAUCCUGACCAGAGGUUGAUUCCGUCUGAUUUGGAUCGACUAUACCAAAUAGAGCUCCCGCCUGUCGGUUCGCAAGAAGGUGCAUAUCUUGGGCUUGUGCUCGAAUUUAGUUUGCCGGCCUUGUCUUCGGGAACUAUGGCUCUGAGGGAGAUCCUCAAAACGGACAUAACAGCCGAACUACGGAACUCAACUAUAGCGAGAGAGAAGUUGAAGAAUCGUUUGAACAAUGUGUGCCCUAGGCAGGAGCAUCCGUCGCCAUUAGCAACAAACAAAGUGCUCGAGGAACCACAAAAGAAGAAAAGAAAAGAAAAGCCGUGCAUCGCCGAUCAACCUCUAUCAGAAACUAGCAAGUCUUUAUUAGACACACAUAGAAACCGUCCAGAAUCAGCAGCCAGCCCAUUAUCAAAUGGGCACACGCUCAGAGAAAUGAAGCUGAAAUCGAGCACUAUCGAAAAACAACCGUCAAGGGACAAUGAGUCAUUCGAGGAACCUCUCCGAACAAAAAGAAUCACCGAAAAACAAGUCGGCAAUAAACAUUCGGUUAAGCAACGUAAGAAUCAAGAUCGUUCACCAUCAACCACUGAGUCUCGGGAGUCGCAACUUAAAGGAAUCACGCUGGAGCCGGCAACACUUGAUAAUCCGCCACCAACAACCAGGGAGCCAUUUAAGAAACCUAAACUAAAACAGCUGAAGAAAAAUCGAAUUGUUCAAGAGCCCAGCACUUGUCAAAAGCCUCAACCUAAAGUAAACAAAAGCUUGAAGGAACCCCAAACUAAUGUUAAGGUCGAGCCCGGCAUUUGUCAAACGAAUUCAUCAACAUUCACCGAGUCUUGUGAGGAACCUGAGAAAAAGAAAACCAAGUUAGAUCCGGACACAGAUCAAGAAGAAGAAGAAGUGUUAAUCAUUCAGUCCUCCAAAAGCACAAAGUUUAAGAGUAUCAUGUAUGUCGAUCUCAUUUCCGAACAAGAGGACUGAUUGCACUCGUCUAGGUAUUCUGUUUGACGAACUUGAAAAGACUUGGAAAACAUUUUUUUUUCUAACAGUUUUUGUCCAAGUUUUUUUUAUUUGUUUUUUGUUUUUGCUGAAGUUGAAUUUAAGGUAGUUUGCAAUUGGAGUAAAAUGCGCCGAUGGAAAACUACCCAACAGCAGUUAAAUUUAAUUUUGUAAAAUGGAAAUUUUUCGUCUUUUUAAUAAGGUGCCUUAUUCAACGGAAAGUGUUGAACACAACCGCUUUAAACAUGAUUGCCAUAAUUUUUCUGUUUGAAGAUUUGUGACAGUGUACAUUCGAAUUUAUGUGGGCAAACCCAUCUUUUGUUUGGUCCAGUCAAGUUAAUAUUCCUAAAUCCUCGUUUAACCCUGUGAUAUGGCUGAUAUCCUAUGCGAUAAUUCAGAACUAAUUGAAGUUAAAUAUAUUGUCAUUAGA